GAGCGCAGCAGCCUCUGUCACACUCUCACUGACUCAGCCUCCAGGCACUUGACACCACUCAAGCUAACUACUACCACUCCAGGACAACACACAACCACAGAACCAUGGCAAGCCAGAAAGAUUUUCUCCUGACUGCUCUGUUCUCCCUCCUCGUCCUCACCGCCUUUAUCGACAACACACAGUCGGCAAGCUGCUGCCUGAGGUACGUGAGGCGUCCAAUACCAUGCAGACCGAUGGUGGGCUACACCAUCCAGACCAUCAACAAUGCCUGCGACAUUGAAGCUAUUAUCUUCCACCUUCCAGGAAGGUUUGUGUGUGCCAACCCUAGCCAGAGCUGGACCCAGAGAGGGAUGGCAUGUUUGGAUGAAAGGAGGAGGAAGAUGGCUGAGAUCAUUGAGGAGACAACCCAAGCCAACACCACGUCAGCAUAGACUCCACAAAUAUCUGCUGCACACGAUUUAGUUUUAUUCAUCCCUUAAUCUGCCAGUCAGAAAUAUAUUUAUUUCAAAGUAGCAGUAGACCAUCUAUACUUAGAUUUCUUCAUCAGGGACUACCAUGUAAUUGUUGUAGUCUUAUAUUUGUUCUGUUUUACGAACACGUGGUAUGUUUAAUAUGUAACAAACUGUAAAAUAUUGAUACAAUGCAUCGACAGAGUAAGAAAAAGAAAACUUUCUUUUGAAAAGUAUUGCAAGAUUUUUGUAAACGUUGUGUUGAUGUUUUUCUGACAUUUUGAGGAUUAACUAUAAAAAAACACAACAUGAUAAGAUUUAAUUGUAACUGAUUGUUGUCAAAGAAUUUAUUAAAACAGAUAUUUAUUUA